GGCGCACUUCGGAAAGUUGCCACCAAGCUCCUCGUCUCCCUGUACCAGGACAUGUCCAUCGGCGUGGAUGGCGAGACCAUGGACCUGCUGGAGCACGCGGGCAGCCUCAUCGGGCAGCUCGGCGAGCGCGUCCUGAUCGGAGCGGACUGGAGCGUAAAGCUCGAGGUGCUCUUGGCCCCCAGCUGGGUCGACCAGGCGGGCGCAAUGCUCCUCUACUCGGACAUGGCCAUCUGUGCGCCCUCGGAAUACGAUUACUUCGUGGUUUCGUGGACCCUCGCGCACAGGGUCGAGCUCGCAGCUCCGAUGGACGACCUGGGGCGGGCUCGCAGCAGCUGGCUCGACCUCGCGGAGCGGCACUUGGUGAAUGGGAUGGAGGUCGAGUUGGCCAACGUCCGCCACUACCCCGGCUGGGGGAAGGGCGCCAAGAUUGCGCGGACGCCGCUCGGCGAGCUCCAUUUGGCAAGGCAGCGGAAGCUCAACACAUCCAGCGCGGAGGCGCGGGCUGGAUUCCUGCGUUGCUGGCGGGCCCUUCGGCGCCAGGGCAAAGCGAACACUGGCUCGCGCGGCCGUCGGCAGGUCCUCCACGACCAGCUGGCGUGGCAGGCCGAGACCCUGGAGCCGCCGCCUGCGGCAUCUGGCGCGACGGCACCGCUCAACACCACCAAGGCCCAGUGA